CAAUGUGUGGCGGGUAGUCGUAAUUAGAAUGUUUUCAAACCACUUGAGGAGCAGUUUUGUGCUGGUACUUGUAUUGGUCUUCCUACCGAUAAGUUUGAAUGCCGCGGAUGCGAUUUGCGAACGGAUUGACUUUAACGAUUUCACGUCCUACAAGAUUCGACAAUGCUCGGAGGGUGGAAAGGAAAUAAUGCGUCUGUCUGCCUACGUGGGAUCCUCCAAAUUUGAACCAUACAGAGAGAAUGUGCAAUACUUCUUGUCGAAUGUUGGUCCCGGUGUUAGUUGUAUCGAAUCGAUUGACAGUUUCUUUGUGAAUUCCUUUACGGAACUACGGAUGAUGUAUCAGUUCUUGUUUAAAACGGAGUCCACGCUUACGAUAAGGAUUCUGGAUUUGGAUCAACUCGAUAGACAAGGAAGGCCAAUAAUUGCCCAAGUUUGGACAACGCGUCAGCCCACGAGGACGUGGAGUUUGUUUGCGGGCCGAGUGGAUAAAGAAGUCAAAAAAGCUAGGUUGCAGCUUGAGGUUGAAAUGAGCGACGAUGGAGACGUUGCAUUUGAAUAUAUGACGGUGUUUAAUCCGUUGGUUUUGGAGGAAUUUUGUAUGAAGCUAGAUGAAUUUUAUACGCCACGACCAUCGAGUACGACUGCACGGUCAACUACGCCUGAACCCACAACUACAACUCAACGCUCAACUACAGCUCUACGGACAACAACAAUUCAACGUACAACUACAACUCCACGAUCAACUACGACUACGGUAGCUACAACUGUUCCUUUAACCACGAGACGAACAAGAACAACAAGUAGAACGACACUGUCAACUACAACUGAACCACCAACCAUUACCACAGAUACAACUACGACUACGGUAGCUACAACAAUUCCUUUAACCACACCAAUUACUACGAGGCGAACAAGAACAACAAGUAGAACGACAUUGUCAACUGCAACUGAACCGCCAACCACUACAACAGCUACAACUACGACUACAGUAGCUACAACUUUUCCUUUAACCACAGCAAUUACUACGAGGCGAACAAGUAGAACGACAUUGUCAACUACAACUGAACCGCCAACCACUACAACAGAUACAACUACGACUACGGUAGCUACAACUAUUCCUUUAACCACAGCAAGUACUACGAGGCGAACAAGAACAACAAGUAGAACGACAUUGUCAACUACAACUGAACCGCCAACCACUACAACAGCUACAACUACGACUACAGUAGCUACAACUUUUCCUUUAACCACACCAAUUACUACGAGGCGAACAAGUAGAACGACAUUGUCAACUACAACUGAACCGCCAACCACUACAACAGAUACAACUACGACUACGGUAGCUACAACUAUUCCUUUAACCACAGCAAGUACUACAAGGCAAACAAGUAGAACGACACUGUCAACUACAACUGAACCGCCAACCACUACAACAGCUACAACUACCACUACCACAAGUCGAACGACGACUACGACGGAAGCUACAACUACUGUCCCUUACAACGGCUUCUACCACUCAAACCAUCACGAUUGGAACUCCUACAACUACAUCCCCAACAACAGUAACAACAACAACAGCACCAACAACAACACCAACAACAACAACAUCAACAAAAACGGCACCAUCAACAACACCUGUAGCUACUACGACGCCAAGAACCACUACUACAAGCACAUCGAGUUCUACAACAACUCCGAAAAGCUUCAAUCGGAGAAUUCCACUACUGAUACAUCUUCUACCCGUCGAACCAGAACAACUAGUAAAACCUCUACAACCAGAAGAACUACGGAGUUCGUAGCAGAACUAAGUUCUACACCUCAAUUGCAGUCUACUACAUCGGAACCUGCCCUUACAACCGCAUCACCAUCAACUACUUCGACUAUUCCUCGAAGUACUACUGCACGAACUACAACAAUUCAGUCAACUCAACUUCCAACAACGCGAGCAUCUACCAUUAACCCUCCUACAACAACGCAGACUACACUCGCAACCACUCUUCCUGAUACGUCUUCGUCAACUGCGCCGUUAACCACAGCCAACCCCCCUUCCACGAUUCGACCUUCUCCAUCCCGACCGUUCGACCCUUCAAAUCUUUUUUCCGAGAAAGACUACUACGACGAAUCCAGUGCCAUAUGGCUCUCGCUAACUGGCGUUUUCCUAGUUCUACUAGUGUUGGCCUCGGCAUUCGGGCUGUACCUGUACGUCAGCUGUAAACAGAUCUCCCAUAUCGUUGCCAGAGAGCUCGAACUCGGCGAAGAACCGCCCAGUCAAAUUUCCAGAACCAUCAACCACUACGUGAACCCGCUCGCUCAGCAAACCUACCAACGGCAACGACAGCGCCAGGAGCAAAUGCGACAACAGAAUUUCCGACCACGACCGCCGCCUCGUGAUAGUCCACCAUUGUCCACCAGUGAUAACAGUAGCUAUUUGGAGAACACCAGGCGGAUCACCCAACAGCCCAUUAUUCCUCCAUCGGUGACUGCUAGACCAUUCUCUAUGGCAGAAGAAAUCCGAAAAGCUAAGCUCAAGAAUCGGCUCAAUAAAUUUUAA